AUGAGGACCAGUCAAAUCGUGCUUGGUCUGCUGGCCGUCGUUGUCUUGAGCUCUGCCAGAGAGUUCCGGGAGAAACGUGACGUUGAUCUUGAAACGGCUGCUUCCCAUCAUAGUGGAAAAUGGGACAAGGGAGGCGGUCAUCACCACCAUGAACAUCACGGCCAUGGACACGAUGCUGAACAUCAUAAGGGACACAAAGGACACCAUGAGCACCAUCACGGCCACAAAGGCCAUCAUCAUCACGGAGGACACAAGGGAGACCACGAAGAUCACGGAGGUCACAAGAAACAUCAUCAUCACGAUGACGGGUAUCAUCACCAUCACCAUCACGGCGAGAAAGGCGACCAUGGUCACGGUCAUGAAGAACAUGGUCACUGGCACAAAGGUCAUGACACUAAGGGACACCAUGGUAUCGAGAAACAUGACGAGUUCAAAAAGGUCAAGCACUUCCAUGAUCAUCAUGGUGAUAAAGGCCAUCACGAACAUUACGGUGGUCAUCAUCAUGAGGGUGGACACAAGAAGGGCGGUCACUUCCACCACGGACACAAGCAUGGUGGACACCAUGAACACCACCAUGGUAAGAAGGGACACCAUGAACAUGGCGGUCAUCACCAUCAUCACAAGGGUCAUCACGGUGAGGACGGACACCAUGAGCACCAUCAUGAUCAUCAUGAACAUGGCAAGAAAGGUGGUCACGAGGAUCACAAGUCUUGGCACCACAAGGGCUAA